UUUUCAUGGUGACCCAAGUUUCAUGGCAACAUGUCCUAAACAUGAUGAUGGGUGAAGGAGGGUCUUUCUCAACUGGUGAGGGCUAAUCGGGUAAUCCUACAGGAUUUCUGAAGGGAAAUUAAAUAAAUCUAGGGGUAUGUCGCGAAGACCAUCGGGCAAGUGGCAACACUAAUUUAGAUAUUGAAAUUGUUUUGUAUCCGGCUAAUAAAUAAAUAAAAAAAAAAUAUAUAUUGAAAUUUUAGUAAUCUAAAUAAUUCAUACGAAUAAUACGUUACUAUUUUAAAAACUAUAAAGAUUUUCUAUUUGAGUAAUUAUGUUUCUGCAACCCAGAUUAUUCAAUGAGUUCUUGGCAAAAUCAGGAUUUGACACACAAGUGUAUGAUGCUAUGGAAAGCGAUGACUUAGCUGAUGUUGUUAUAGUAGCACUCAAUAUUCUAAAAAAAACCAAUAAUCUUCCAGACAUGCCAAAAUUAAUGAAAUCUGAAGCUUUGUCUAAUACACUUCGAGAAGCAGGAAAUAAAUAUCUUCCAACUAAGCAAUAUAACUCAUCAUUACACUGCUAUAACAAAGCACUUGCAUGUGCACCAUAUAAUUCAAAGGCAAUGGCGUUAGCUUACAGUAAUAGAUCGUUUAUUAUGUUUUUAUUAAAACGGUUUCAAAAUUGUAUAACGGAUAUAGACCGUUGUUUCUCAUCUGGUUGUCCAGACUAUAUUAAGCAAAAGCUACUUAAAAGAAGAGAAGAUGCAAAUAAGUUUUCUGUCAUGGAUUCACUCUCAUUAAAUACUCUUAAAGUCUUUACUAAUAAUUUUUUUAAUUUUAAUGCUGUUUGUCAUACAGAUGUUCCUUUUGUUUCUAAGGACAUUAAUAUUGAAGUAGAGUUUUCACAACCAAAAAUUACUGCUGCUAAUUUUAUUAACAGUGGUACAAUAAUUGCUGUGGAAGAAGCAUAUAUGACAGGGUUAUUAGCAGAUAACCAAUUUAAUACCUGUUAUAAUUGUCUCUCUAUAACACCUAAUUUGAUACCUUGCAGCACCUGUUGUUCCGCAUUAUUCUGUAGUGAAAAAUGUAAACAAAAUUGUAAUGAGCAAUACCAUAAAUAUGAGUGUGACAUUGUAAAUGUAAUAGAAAAGUUUUGUAAUGGUGGUGGACCAAAUUUGAUGAUUAAAUCAGUUUUAAAGCUGAAAACUAAAUUAAAAUGGAAUGAAUUUAUUAAAGAAUCUAAAUCAAUGGGAAACAGUAGAAUUGUAAAAAGUACUAUCAGGGAAGUAUUUAAUUCCGCAAGUGAAUGUUCAUUGCUAACAUUUCCUGAAAAUAGAACAUUUGUUCAUGGUAUUAUGUACAAUGCUAGCUUUUUAUGUGCAGCUUUAUUGCAUUAUGUCUUUAAAAUUCCAAGGUUUAUGCCCACUUCAAAUAAAGAUGAAGCUCUCAGAGCUCUAGCACGGGUAAUGAUGUAUUUAUGUGUUUUUGGUUCACCAAGUUAUGUCACUCAGGCUGUGACUGAUUUAGUAAGUGACAGAACAAUACCCCAAAAACAUGCAAAUUUUGCUUGGUACAUAUUUUAUUCAAAGCUGAAACAUGAAUGCAAACCAAAUGUUAUUGUCUCAUGGAUAAACAAUAAAGCAGUAUUAAUUGCUGUUAAGAAAAUAAUGCCUGGAGAAGAAAUAACCACUUCGUGUAUUGAACCAACAUUUAAGAUGUCGGAGCAUGAUGUAAAUAUAGAUCUACUUGUGGGCAAAGGACAAGUUUGCACAUGUAUAAAAUGCACAAAAAAAGACUCUAAGAAUGAUACCCUGUCUAGCGCUCAAACAGAAUUUAUAAAAAAAAUUGGAUUUAAUGUAUUGCAUUCAAAUGUUGAUGUAUGGCAUAUAAAUAAAGUAUCAGAAAAAUGCAAAGAAAUAAUGAAUGUUUUAACUGAUGUACCACAUUCUAAAGAGUAUCUCUGUGCUUUGACCCAAUUUCGAAAGUGUCUUAUACUGUGUGAGGCAUUGGAAACUCAAAAUUUUUGUAUUCUAUAAAUGUCCUUAAAAAUUAAAAAAAAAAUCCUAAAUGUCAUUUCAUAUAAGCCAUAUAUUGUAAUUAAAAAAGAUUCA